UGUCUUUAUUUUUAAGUUAUCGUGCAGGGAUUUUACCAGUCCAGCCCACUUGGGAGUAGAUUUUUCUCCAUGUGGUCCCCGAUCUAAAAUGAGUUUGACACCCCUGUUCUACAUAGUCUUGCUCCAAUCUGUGGACCGUGGAAAAUGGUCACUUUUCACAAUUAAACAGUGAACAUUAUUAAAGUUUUAUUUUGUGACUCGAAUAGUAAUGUACUAUAUGUCUUUCCCACCAGUGAAAUUGUUGCCAGUUAUCUAUAAACUAUACUGGAAAUUAGUUAAAUUUAGAAAGUUAUGAUGGAUUAAAUGCGCUGACAAUUCAUUACACUUGUCAGCAGAUGGCAACGUUGCCCGUUUCAAGAUGACUUCUCCACGAUUUGUCUUGAUCUCGUGUACGGUAUAAAUUAUGUUCAUUGUCUUAAUAAUACAUUUUGUAAAAUGUUUGGCUCAAAUUCCAAUAUUUAUAUAAGUAAAUCCGUGAUUUUGUUGCCGCUGUAGUUUUGCCGAGCCCUCUUCUGCCCAAUUACAAUGCAGGAAUACGUCACCUGACCUAAACGUCACACAUUACAUCACGACUUGCGUUUUCCUCAUGCCGGAAGUUGACAGAGGUGAACUUGCUUUACCUAAAGUCAUUUGUUUCAAGAGUUUAUUCCAUUCUUGUACACAAGUUUGUUAAAAAAAAUCAUGUCAGUUGAGAGACAACUGCUACGUUAGCUAAAUUUUGCGACGCUUCAGGUUAUGAGGGUAUGCUCCGGUUAGCAACGGUUACGUCCCCAACGGCUAUCGUCUGGAUCUCCCUCAGUUUACACACCUCUGAGAAAAAACUGUUCUUCAAUUCUUGUUUUCUUUUUUACGCUUUUCAUCAUGUCAAUCAACUCACAGAUGGUGAGAAGCUUGUUUCGAAUACUCAAGGAUAAGAACAUUGUUUCCACCCCAUACAAGUAUCAGCCAUCCUCCUGCCUUCAAUUCACAAACGGCAUAGCGCGGACCAUGGUGGGGCUGCCCUUCUCCUUGUCUUUUAAGCCUCGGGACUUUAGUCUGCCUAACUCCUCAUGGAGUGAAGAAAUGAUGCGCUUGUACAACUACUACAAUAGCCAGUGUGAGGUGGAGACUGAAACAGGGGAGAAAAAUAGGGGCCCCUGGAGGAGACUACCCAGCUACAAUCGCACCCUCAAGUAUGCUACAGGUGGCGCCUACCUCAGUAAAUUAAUCCAGUCCAAAAAUCGUCUAUUUACCCGCAGCAUAAAAACCCCUGGAGCUGCCUUUGAGUAUGUUGUUUUUCUAAACAAAGAAGAGCAGAGGACUGUCUGCAUUUUUCAGGCUGGACACCUGCUGGAGGGGCCUCCAGGACAUGUCCACGGGGGGGCAAUAGCCACCAUGAUUGAUUCUGUGACAGGGACAAAUGCAGCGUACAUCUCUGGACCAUUGGUGACUGCCAACCUCAACAUUGAUUACCGCAGCCCAAUCCCGUUAGGAAAUACAGUGUUAAUCGAAUCCUCCCUUGAUAAAAGAGAAGGAAGGAAAACCUUUGUUUCCUGUAAAGUUACCAGCACCGAUGGCUCCAAGCUGCACACAGAAGCAAAAGUCCUGUUCCUGUCAAUCAAUGUCAGCCAUUUAUUGGGAAUCUGAUGCAAAUCUACUGUCAUGUUGAAACUAUUUCAACAAGCUGAGGCCUUCUUCAAGUCUCUUUGGCCUUAUUCUUAAAAAGUUUAAUAUGUUUGCUUUAUCUGUUUAGUUACUGUAGAGCCACAGACAGUGGAACCUCCACAGUCAUGUGUUUGUGUAUUCAGAUUUAUGUGAAGCAGGAACCCUGAUUAGCUAGCUGUCUUUUAACAUUAAGAUUUUUGUGACUCUUCUGCCAUGUAAGACUUGUUUGUCCGUGCAGUGAUCUGAAAGUGUAAAAGAGUUUGUAUGCAAUUUCACCUUUCCUUUUCCUAUACUCGCCACUAGUCGGCGCCUUGCACCCACUUAUGUCAUAUUUAUGUGUAAAGAGGGUAUGGCCAAUUGUAUGUUUCAGGCAUCGCAAUGAUUGGUCAAAAGGCACUCUCGUAACUACUGCGAGCCAUGACUGCUACUAACUUUAAGCUAAUGCUAUGUGUUUGCGGCAUUUCCUGAUAAAUUUUUCGAUGUGUGAAAUGUCCUAUGGGGCUGCUCCAGGCGCGAAAAUUGUGGAACAACGUCUGUGUUUUAUUAAGGACAGAACACACAGAAACUAAUACAAAUAACAGAAGAAAUGAACACAUUGAAUAGAUGGUUUGACAGAAGUAGACUAUAUUUAAUUUCAGGAAAACUAAAAUAAUGCAAUUUGGUAACAGCAGAACAGACAGUCAAAUACAAGUAGACGGAUAUUGAAAGUGUUAAAGAAACCUAAGUUGUGUAAUAAUAGAGAAAACAGUGGAAACCUCAUAAAAAUAUACAACAAAGUGGCAAGAAAUAUGUCAAUUAAAAAAAAAUUAAUCAAAAUGUGUUUUGUACCAAAAAAUCUCUCCAUAGUCUCUACUGCUUGUCAGUGUUACAAUAUCUGAGUUAUUAUGCAGAAAUGUGGUAAAAUAAUUACAACAGUACAGUUAUAAACUUAGUAUGUCAAAAAAAAAAAGACAUCAGUGAGAAUAAUACAUGAGUGAUACAUUCAGCACAAAUACAUUGGAGGCAGCCACCACAGUUGACAUACCUCACACACAAGUCAUACUUGUGAUUGUUGGUCCAAACCUAAUUUAAGCAAAAUGAAGGGUCAUUCUGUGUAUUUUCUUUGAACGCUUAUUGUGCCGUCGGGUGUGUGUUAGUGUCUGUUGAUCACGAAACACUGCAGAAAAGUAGCAGCAGAGUGCGUCAACUGCAGUCUUAAAGAUAUAUUUUGACAAAAUAAAAUUAUAUUUCAUUGUAGGUUUAUGAGCUAGAGUAUGUUUAAAAUUAUAUACAGGCGUAUUGUUUUGGCUUAUUUUGUCAGAAAAACUAACAUCAGUCAUGUGUAUUUCUGGUCUUGUCAUCCUUGUCCGGUCAGAAGGGAUCAAAAGAGACGUCGAAGAUGAUUUACUGAACCAAAAGUUGCUUUAUUACUAGCGAGCAUCAUUAUAUAGGACUGCAGUUCCUGGAGGAGGUCAGGUCGGAAAAAUGAGGCGCUCUUCACUAAGAGAAGCCAAACCAUCCGUUUUAUAGUUCUCCUUCCUGUCUCUGGGUGUGUGCUAAGUCAGGACAGCACACCUGGACCAUAAAAUGAGAUGUUUGUGUGUAAGUUUCUGGAAAGCCAACAGCAGGUUGUAUCUUAGAUACUGGCAUUAAGCUAAGCAUGUUGUCUCUUCUCACGGACAGGGCCAUCACCUUUUGCUUUCCGAGGUAGAAUUUUAUUGCCCUUUCUUUCACGAGAAUUAAUCCAAUCCACACACAAGAACGGGCCCUAUAUUAUGAUGUGCACAAACUGAAAUACCUACUAGUUAAACUGGGGGUUUGCUUUCUCCCAGAUGAAUAUAAACAUUCACCAUAUGCAAAACAUAAUAUGAGUUAAUUAUUUCACUUCAUCAUAAUGACAGCAAUUGCAUACAUCCAGGCACAGCUGCACAUAUCUUCCGUAGCAGUCGUGGCGUCUGUUUAGUGAGCCAUACUCUCCUUAUACACACCUCUGACUCAUGUUAUUCUGUGUUGGAGCCACCACAUGAGACUUUCGAUCACUUGCUGUAAGUAAAAGUUAAUAUUUUAUCAGUAACUUAGUUCUCAGAAGUAUGUUUGUCUUUAAAUACAUUAUCAGUAUUGUUACCUGUGAACAGGUUGGGUUUUCUCAGUGUGUGCAUCACUGAGAGUUUGACUGCAACACAGAAUAAAAUAAGUGGGUUCAAGGUGGCAACGAGUGGUAAGUAUAGGGAAAGGAAAGAUGAAAUUGCAGACAAGUAUUUUUUACAAGUUCUUACGCUGUCAGAAACAUCACAUGUAAAAAGACAGCCAAUCAGAUUUACUGUUUUACACAAAUCUGAAUACAUUGACACACUUUUUUUUUUUACACACAUAGAUCAAAAUACAGUCACAUAAAUUGAAACAUACACACAGAUCUGAUAACACACACACACAUAUUGAAAUACAGACACACAGAUUAGUACACUUGAAUCGGAUUACAGACACAGAUUGAUAUAUGCAUUUGCAAAUAGUUUUGCCACUAUAAUACCUCCAUAGAUGCUGGUUGAAUUCCAACUUGUCCUAAUUUCAAAACACACUGGAUAGAAAGGAACUCCUUCUUGCAGUGUCAAACUGUCAUUAUUAGACUGGCAGAUUUGCCCCGUACACAACCUUAAAGGGGAACUAUAUAUUUGUUAAAAUGUUUUUAUUUUGCCUAUCGUUCACACAAUUAUGAUUGUUUUGUUUUUUUGAUAGGUAAUUCCUAAAUAUUUCACCACAGAAUUUACGGAGACAUUGCAAAUAUUUUAUUUCACACAUUCAUGAAUAGGAAACAAAAACAUUAUUUUAAGAUUUAGGCAAAUUCCUCAUACAUUACAGAAUUUUUGAAUCUUUUCAAUAGCAGUUGGAAUUUGUUCUUCAUUUAUUAGGAAAAGAGUUGUUUCAUAUGCUAAUUGACUAUCAUUUCCAUGCCAGCAGGUUGAAAUAUGGUAAUAACAGACACCCUUGAGGAAUGCCCAUUUUGUUUAGGAAACUGGGGUUGUGCCUUAGACAAGUAAGACAACUAUUAUCAUAAAGUCCUCUAAUUGUCUCCCAAAACUUAAUACCAUUUCCAAUUUCCAUUUAUAAAAAGAAAGUUGAAAUACCAAAACAUACCAAUCACGUCGCCGCCAUAGUUUGUCUGCCUUAGUGCUUAUAAUAAAAAAAAAUCACCUAUACUUUAUUAAUAUUCAAGUCACAAUAUGUAAACUGGGUAUCGUUGAUGCUUUUUGAAUAGUUAUCAGAUUUUAUGGGCAGAAAAGUGGAGCUCCCAUUGGCUCCGCUGUAAGCAGACUUUUAUUUACGUUUAUUUAAUAUUUAGAAUGCAUUUAAAAAAAUACAUACAUUCUCAUGUCUUACAUAAUGAUUGUGAACGAUAGGCAAAAUUCCCCCCAAAAAUAUUUUUUUUGUUUGUUUUUUGGGUUGUUUUGGAGAGGGGGUUACUUGUGCUUCUCUGGGAUCCAAUUUCAUUUAAAAAUAUUUUAAAAAGACCAGGUUGGAGACCCUUGAAGAUAUAUUUUAAGAUUAUUAACCGUAACCACUGUGUAAUUUGACGAAGAACAGAGAGGAAACCUUGAGGUGUUUUAUUAUUUAUUACUGCUAGAAUUAAGCCUUGUGAUACUCAUUAUUUAUUGUUCUGAGCAGCCGAAGCUGUUUUGUCAUACAGUAGGUUACAUUGUUACAUUUGACUACCUCUUUAUUAAUGGCACCAACAUCACAUAUUUUAAGCUGAUUUAUAUCCUAUUUAUUCUAACUUAACAUAUUGAGGGCCAUUGUACUGUACAACAUUUGAAAUAAUACUUUACAGUGUGGUUGUUUUCUCUCUCACAAACAAUACCUUUUGGGCAUUUUACUAGCUUUGCCAGUGUGUGAAUUAUUUAUGACUUUGGAAAAAAAAAACUAUUUGAAGAAUUUGGGAGUAAUUAUCAAAACCAUCACAUUUUUCAAAGUACACAAAGUUGUUGAUGGGUAAAAGCUAAAUAUACAUGAAAUGAAAACACUGACAUCAGUGAAUCAACUCGCAUCAUUUAUCUGACAAAGUGGCUGUUUUUAUUAAGCCCCCUCCCACUUGUGUUGCACAAUAAUUAGCUGACACUGCACACAUUUCAGAUUCACGCACUUGUGUGGUUUUUCAGUCAGAGGGCCUCUUUGACCUCAGUCGCACACAGUUGGAAAAGCGACCUUGCUAUCUUUAACGUAUUUGUGGCGUGUGCGUGUCAAGAGUUGUGGUUAAGGUUAUGGCAGUGUGUUGUCAGUUAAAACUACUACUGCAAAAAACAAUACUGUGUCCCACACUUCACAUACAAUUCAGUUCAUAAACAAAUUUUUUGCCCCCGCUUCCUAAUAUCAGACUUUGCCAUGAAUAUAAUCAUUUAAAUCCUUCAUAAAUGUUUCUUUUUUAGGGGUGUCAAACUCCUCUUCAUUGAGUGCCACGUUGCAGUUUUGACAGCCGUCAGAGGGCCGCCCGCUUGUAACAUUAAUAAAAAAACUAUGUAUGUAGAACAAUUAGUCGCAUGGGAUUGUGAAACAAUUACAAAUGCAUUUGAGUAGUCAGUGUAUGUAUCUACCUACACUGUCGGCCAAAAAAUAUCUGUAGAUUUUGCGGCCAAGAAAAUCACAGCAUUUUACCAUAAAAUUUACAGUAAAAUGGUCAUGCUUUAUUUUACUGUAAAAUUUGGUGAUUCAGCUGCCAGUUUUUUGUUGUUUUUUUGCAUGAAACAUAUGGUUGCUGUUUUCACAGUAAAUGUAAAAUGGUACAACAGUUUUUUUUCUUACGGUACAAUUCUGAAGACCGAGCUGUUUAAAGUAUGUAUAUAUAUAUAUAUAUAUAUAUAUAUAGUUGUGAUCAAAAUUAUUCAACCCCCACACAAUUUUGGUGUUUUAGCAAGUUGGACAUUUAGUCCGUAUUUUGUUUAUAGUCAUAUCAAAUAAAGAUGCAUUAAAUAGACAAAUGCAACUUGAAUUACAUUAUAUUUUGUAACAUACCAAACAGUGUCAUUUCUCUUAAUAUCUCAUUGACAAAAUUAUUCAACCCCCUAGUUACAUGCAUUUUUAGUACUUAGUAGAACACCCGUUGGCAGUAAUUACAUCCUUCAAACGUGAUACAUAACCGGACACAAGCUUCUUGCAACGAUCUACAGUUAUUUUAGCCCAUUCCUCUUGGGCAGAGACCUCCAGUUCGUUCAUAUUCUUGGGCUUGCGUGCUGCAACUGCCUUCUUCAAGUCCCACCACAGGUUUUCUAUAGGAUUUAUGUCUGGCGACUGUGAACGCCACUCCAGAGUCUUCCAGCCCUUCUUCUGCAACCACUCUGAAGUUGAUUUGGAGGAAAGCUUGAGAUCGUUGUCCUGUUGGAAGGUCCAACGUCUCCCAAGCCUCAGCUUCGUCACUGACUUCAUGACAUUUGCAGCUAAUAUAUCCUGGUAGGAAAUAGAAUUCAUAAUGCCUUGAACGCGCGGGAGAUUCCCGCUACCUGAGGCAGAGAAACAGCCCCAGAGAAUGAUUGACCCCCCCACCAUGCUUAACAGUAGGCAAGGUGUUCUUCUCUUUGUAAGCUUAAUUUUUCUCCUCCAGACAUAUCGUUGAUUCAUAGGCCCAAAGAGUUCCAGUUUUGUCUCAUCACUCCAUAGAACAGUUGCCCAAAACCUUUGGGGUUUGUCCAGAUGAUUUUUGGCAUACUGGAGUCUAUUUUCUUGUGCCUGGUAGUCAGAAGUUGGGUGCGCCUGGGAGUUCUGGCAUGGAGGCCUUCAUCUCGCAGUGCGCCCCUAAUUGUCUGGAACGAAACCUGCGUUCCCCCCUCUGCAAUGUCCUGUUGUAGUUCCUCAGCUGUUACCCGGGGGUUUUUCACCACUGUACGCUUCAACAGCAGUUGCACACAGCAUCCUCUUUCUACCACGCCCAGGUAGUUUCCACUGUGCCUUUAGCUUUAAACUUGUGAAUUAUGCUCCCAACUUUGUCUCUUGGAAUGUGUAAUGUAUUUGCUAUUUUCUUAUAUCCAUAUCCUUUCUUAGCAAGAGAAAUUACCUCCUCUCUUGACUUCUUUGACCAAAUAUACCAUUGACCAUCUACAAGAAGCUGAGCGUCACAGUCUUUUUCAAUCAGUUUAAUUGUUGUUAGUUAUGGUUCUAAUCACAUCUACAGGUGUUUUCAACACCUGAUUGAAAAGACCUUAUUCAAAUUAUGUUGUUAAAAGUUAUGAUCUUCACGGGGUUGAAUAAUUUUGUCAAUGAGAUAUUAAGAGAAAUGACACUGUUUGGUAUGUUACAAAAUAUAAUGUAAUUCAAGUUGCAUUUGUCUAUUUAAUGCAUCUUUAUUUGAUAUGACUAUAAACACAAUACGGAAUAAAUGUCCAACUUGCUAAAACACCAAAAUAGUGUGGGGGUUGAAUAAUUUUGAUCACAACUGUAUAUAUUGUCAUGUUUACAGUACCAUUUGAUGGAUAACUUGCUUUGAAAUCAUAAAGCAGAGUAUAUAUUUAUGUAUGUUUUUACCCAAAAAAUGUUUCGAAUGUAGGAUAAUUCAAUAUAUGUUGCAUUAUUAGAUAGAUAAACUCUAAAAGAUAUAUAACUGCUUGCAGUGCAUUUAUUUUUUUCUUUCAAAAUAGAAAAAUAAAGAAAUAUAAAGUA